UACACAAAUCCAACCGCAGUGUUUGAUUUAUUUUUUAAAGAAACAUUUUUAUUCAGUGUACUGCUUUCUACACAUAAUACAUUUUCAUCGCGUUCUUCUCUUCUGUCAUGUUUCUGGAUUUGCAGUUGGAAACAUUGCUUUGAAGCAAAAGUAUAUUGCAACAACCGGUAUCUGCAGUCCGUUCAGUCCGGACAAGACUUGCUGCCUGGAUGAGGUGCAACUUUCUUAAAACAAAAACAAAAACCAAAAAAAAACCAGUGUUUAAAAAGUGUCUCUUUUUUUUAACUCCCUGGGCAAAAGUUUUGGAUUGGUCAUUUCUGCCGCGUUGAGUUCUGCAGGCGUUUCUAUACACAUUGAUUGUAGUUUCUUAUUCUACUGGAUUUCCUGACGUGGUGCAACGUAAUGGUGUCAAGUGAACUGUAGAUAUUUGGUGAAAACCUGCCCUGGGUCGCUUUUGUCAUCAGAUUCUCAACAGCUGGAGUCUCAGACCUUGAUGGAUGUGAAUUUCUAGGACUGGCCAUGAACUAAACUAGGCAUGCAUUGCAUUUAAUAAUACUGAGUAUUUCAUAUAAACACAUACCGUACGGCGGAUGCUGCCUGGCUACAUUUGCGAACGGUUCAAUUAACUUACAAGUCGUUCAAAGAAACACCAGAGCCCAUCUCACUUGUGCAUUACAAUUAUAUACACAUGGGUUUCAACGUUUUCACACAGUAAGACCUGAAUAAUGUUUUCUGGAACUUGCUGUGUGCCUUGAAAAGGGACUUACUUUCUAUGUAUAUAUAAAUUGCGCAUUUUCUGCGUGACCAUGGAGCCGAACUUCUGGAUCUUUGUUGCUGUUAUGAUUGGGCUGCUAACUCUACCUCUUGGUACUCAAGGUGCAUGUCUCUAUCAAGGCUCACUGUUUGCGAAUAAUACAGUAUGGAGUCCUGAUUCUUGCCAAGACUGCAGCUGUUUUAGUGAUAUUGUGAUCUGCAAGACAACUCACUGCCACAAUCCCCAGUGCGACUUCCAAAAGGGAGAACUGUUCAGAAUACCACCAAAUAAAUGUUGCCCCGAGUGUGUCCCUCGAACCCAAGGCUUUUGUCAGCAUGAGGGACAAAUCUAUGGGCAUGAGAGUGAGUGGAUGAGCUCUCAGUGCACUGUAUGUUCCUGCACUAAUGGGAAAGUUGAAUGUGGUCCCAGGCGCUGCCCUCCCCUUUCUUGUGGGAGAGAAGAAAUGCAGUAUACGCCAUUUGGAAAGUGCUGUCCUGUAUGUGUGAGGACUGGAGAGACAUGCUCAUUCGAAGGACAGGAGUAUCAGGAUGGGGAGGAGUGGAAACCCACACCAUGUUCAAAGUGUAUCUGUAACAAUGGAGCCUCUGAAUGUUAUGCUGCUGAGUGCCACCCUGUAGUGUGCAAGAAGGAUGAGAAUUUGAUUAUCUAUCCUGGAAAGUGUUGCCCACAGUGUGUGACAAACUCCUGCCUGGUAUCUAAGAAAGAGUACAAGCAUGGGGAACAGUGGAAGAAGAAUGCUUGUACCACCUGUAUCUGUGAUGGGGGAGAGGCCCGUUGCCAUACCCAGACCUGCCCAGCAAACACCUGUGAGAAGGGCCAGAACAAAGUGAAGAGAGCUGGCCAGUGCUGUGAAGAGUGUGUAUCGUCCAAAGGGAACUGCCUGUACGAGGGCUCCAUCCGUUACCAUGGCGAGAUGUGGAAUGGCACCGGCUGUGAGUUCUGCAUGUGUGAACGCGGCCAGGUCAUGUGCCAGAAAGCAGAGUGCGCCAAAGUGGAGUGCAUAUGGGGUGAAGAGUUGAUGUAUUUACCAGGAAAGUGUUGUCCGGAAUGCCUGUCCAUGAGCAGUUUCUGUGUUUACAAGGAACAGUCCAAAGAGGGACCACAGUCUGACCUCAGAGGUGAAAAGCAUCUUGCUAAUUUAGAGAGGUGGCGAGAGGGCCUGUGUCGAGAGUGUGAGUGCAGGGAUUCACAGGCGCUGUGCUUCCAGCGCUCCUGCCCCUCCUGCCCUGUGGGCACCUUAGCUGUGGCAGUGGAGGGCGAGUGCUGCCCACAGUGCAGACCAGUCCAGUGCCACUCAGACUGCUUAACCUGCUCCCAAUCCCCUGAUCACUGUGAAAGCUGCCGUGACAGUCGAUUGCUUCUGCAGAACGGCCGCUGUGUGCAAGCUUGUGAACCUGGAUUCCACGAGAAUGGCAGAGUGUGUAAAGCCUGUAAGGAGACUUGUGCUGCUUGUAAGAAUGAAUUUGAAUGCACUUUGUGCGGGAAGGGCCGGCUGAUGAAAUAUGGAAAGUGUGUGACAGCCUGUGGAGACGGAUUCUACCAGAAUCAGCGGCACUGUGCAGCUUGCCAUGAGUCAUGUUCUUCGUGCAGAGGUCCUGCUGAAAGAGACUGCCUCUCCUGUGAAGAUCCAUCACACAUGCUCAAGGCUGGGACCUGCGUGGCGAGCUGCGGCCAGGGGUUUUACGUCAACAGUGGAAACUGCUAUGCAUGUGACCAGUCUUGCCAGACGUGUAACCCAGACACCCCGAAGUGUCUGAGCUGCCCUUCUGGAAGAGUGCUGCAUCAUGGGAAGUGUGUCUCCCAUUGCCCUGAUGGCUUCUACAGAGACACUGCUGGCAGGUGCAGAGCCUGCCACAGCUCCUGUGCUGCUUGUGCAGGUCCCUCAGCCACUCAGUGCAGUCUCUGCCCCGGCUCUCUGGUGCUCCACCAAGGCCAGUGCAUACCCAGCUGCGGGGAGGGAUUCUACCCUCAGCAUGGGGUCUGUAAAGCCUGCCACCUGACCUGCCGCUCCUGUGUGGGUCCGAAGCACUCUGACUGCACCCAGUGCCUGAAACCAGAAGAGGUGCUACACUCCCAUCGGAAAGAAAAUGGAAUCCCUCACGGAGUGUGUGUUUCCGAGUGUAAGCCCCAGCUGUACCUCGACACUGACAACAUAUGCAAAGAAUGUCAUGCCACAUGCUUGACGUGUGCAGGGAAAAGUGCUCAGAACUGCACAGCCUGUGCACCCCCAGUGGUCCUCUAUGAAGGAACGUGUUUACAGCAGUGCCCAAAUGGACGGUAUAGUCAGGACAACGCUUGCAACACCUGUCAUCCAUCCUGUAAGGAGUGCAGCGGCCCCUCUGAUGCUGACUGUACAUCAUGUCACCCUCACGCCACGCUGCUCAAUGGCCACUGCAGAACCAGCUGUCCAGAGGGACAGUACUUGAAUGCGGUUGGAUACUGUGUUGAUUGCCACUCCCAGUGCCAGCGUUGUGUGGCUGACUUGCAGAACAAUGGCAAUGUCUGUCUGUGGUGUAAGGAUCCCAGAGGUCUCUUGCUGGGUGAGCAGUGCGUCCCAGAAUGCCCCUCAGGAUACUACACAGAUAGAGGGGCUUGUAAAAGGUGUCAUCCCUCUUGUAAAACGUGCAUUGGAGGAGGAUAUCUUGCUUGUACCUCUUGUGAGGCUGGCUUGCUCUUGUCUCAUAGUGGCUUGUGCAGUUCUCAUUGUUACACUGGAUACUACAGUGAUGAGAAUCGGGUCUGUCAGGCGUGUAACAGGAAGUGCUUGACCUGUGAGUCUGCAGGGUCCUGCACAUCUUGUAGAGACCCUCAGAAGGUCCUGCUCUUCAGGGAGUGUCAGUAUGAGAGCUGUGCUCAGCAGUACUACCUGGACUUCACCUCUAGGACCUGCAAAGAGUGUGACUGGAGCUGUAAUGCCUGUAAGGGCCCCCUUAGCACAGACUGCCUGCAGUGCAUGGAUGGAUAUAUCCUACAAGAUGGCGCUUGUAUGGAGCAGUGCUCAGUGGGUUUUUAUCAGGAGGGAGACAGAUGCCAGAGAUGUGAUGAAAAUUGCCAGGUGUGUGAUGGACUUAAUCAGUGUCGGGUGUGUGAACAACCUUACGCUGUGCUGAGGGGACAGUGUGUGCGGGAGUGUGGGAAACAGCAUUUCAUGGAUCCGUCGCUACAGAAAUGCACCCCCUGUUCUUCUGGCUGCCUGGAGUGUGAGAGUGCACAGCAGUGUAAGAGCUGCAACAAGAACUCUUUCCUGAGGAAUGGCCGUUGUACUUCUGACUGUGGCCACGGUUUCUAUGGCAACACGAAAACCAGAAUGUGUGAAGCAAACACCCAAGCACCCGUUCUGCAUGUGAAUGGAUCUUUGAUUGUGAAGAUUGGUGGAACAAAGCCAUUGGACUUUUCUUUCAUGAGUGCCCAUGAUCCCGACUCCAGUGCUGAGAAUCUCAUGUUCUACCUUGUUCAGCUCCCAGACAAUGGGAGGCUGGUGAAGAUGGUGAAAGGGAAGGAAGUGCGUUUGAACAGGGAUGACACGUUUACUUUCAAAGACCUCAGGGAGCAGGCUGUGCGAUUUAUCCAUGCCAAGGACAAAUCUAAGAGUGGUCAGUUCAUCCUGAAAGUCAGCGAUCAGCAGCUAUUCUCCCAGCCGAAACCAAUUAAUGUCCAGGCAGUGUCUCUGCAGAAUGAUAAAGGCCCUCAUUUGCUGUCCAACUCAUUAGCCUUGGUACCUGAGGGUGGAAUGCUCCAAAUCACAAGCAAAUACUUAAAGGCAGAAGAACGGGGCUCCAGUGACUCUGAGAUUAUCUACACAAUCACUUCCUCCGAAGAAAACCUCAAAUUUGGUGACGUUAUCUUGCUGGUGCCGAUGCCAGCCGACAGCCCAGCAGACGGUUGGCAGCGUUUGCCUGACGGGAGAGCAGCCGCUGCCACCACCUCAUUCACCCAACAGGACGUCAACGAUGGCAUUGUGUGGUACAGGCAUUCCGGCUCAGGGGCUCCGAGUGACACCUUCCAGUUCCAGGUAUCGACCGGGGGAAAGCCACAGCAAGCACUGAGCGAAAGCCACACGUUCAGGAUUGGGGUGAUGCCCCAGACACCAGGAUUUCCCCAGCUGUCUCCAGGAACAACCCUACAAAUAACAGCUCUUGAAGAUCGUGUCACAGUGAUUGAACCUGCUGCACUCUCCUUUGUGGACACAGAAACUCCAAGCGAAAAACUUGUCUAUAAUGUCACCAAACCACUGGCGCAGGGGCAAGGUGCUAUUGAACACCAGGAUAGGCCCUACAUCUCAGUUCAGUUUUUCACUCAGGCAGAAAUUAAUCAGGGCCAGAUCCUGUACAGGCCCCCCAUGGCCCCCUCCCACCUCCGAGAGCUCUACCUCUAUUCAUUCACAGGUCUACCUGAGUCAGUGAAUGUCUAUUUGACAGUAUCUGAUGGAGAACACACCACUCCAGAAAUGGAGUUUACUAUUCACUUGCUCGCCAACCAUCAGCAGCCGCCUGUCUUCCAAAUCUCUGAUCCUUCCAUUGAGGUUAGCCAGGGUGGCAGAGUACCUGUAGGUCAACAGCUGGCAGUCAGUGAUGCAGAUACAGCCCCAGAGGACCUGAUCUUUGAGCUAAUGGAGGCACCUCGGCACGGCAGCUUGAUGAAGUCUGACUAUGGCUUCCAGACUCAAAUGAGAAGUGGAGACACCUUUACGUUUGAUGAUAUCGCCCAGAACACCCUUCAGUAUUUACACGAUGGGGAAACCACAGAAGAGGACAGCAUGGAGUUCUCUGUGACUGAUGGGGUCACUACAGCAACAACGCAAGUGAGGGUGUUGGUGUCAGUGACUGGGAAUGGUGGACCAAAACUGGCUUCUGGCUCUUUGCUUUCGAUAGAAGUAUCUGAGAAGAGCACCACUGUCAUUGGAAGAUCUCACAUUGCAUAUGUUGAUAACAACUCUCCAGAUGACAAGAUAAGGAUUCAAUUGAUUUCUUUACCCAUGUACGGGAUGCUCACAAUGACAGAAUCUAGCCAGAUAAAUGAAGAACUUUCUGAGUUUUCAUCGUUUACCAUGGAGGACAUUAAUCGCCAAAGAAUAAGCUACACCACUUCUUUUGAGACUGGUAGUCAGCCUGUCACUGAUAUCUUUCACUUUGUUGUCUACGACGCUGACAACAAUCACCUUGACAACCAAAUGUGCACCAUCACUAUAAAGUCCGUCCAGCAGCAGCCUCCAGUUGCCACAGUCAGCAGUGGAAUCACGGUGGAAGAGGGUGGCAGAGUACUGCUGUCAUCAAGGAAUAUUCUAGCAACGGAUCCAGACACUUCGAAGAAGGACUUGUUGAUACGGCUAAUCACACCACCUCAAUACGGCUACAUUGAAAACUCAAACAGAGAUGGAAAAUCUGGAGGAGCAGUGACUGUCACGCCUGACGUUGUCUUCUCCCUUGAGGAUAUCAUUUCGAACAACAUUUACUAUGUGCAGAGUGUCCAUCAAACCGUUGAGCAUCUUCAGGACAGCUUUAGCUUCUACAUUACUGAUGGCUCCAGUCAGACAGAGGCUUUCACUAUUGACAUUGACAUCCGGAGUAAGAACGAUGAGCCGCCAAAGAUGUCUGUGAGCAGUGUGCAGGUGGAGGAAGCUUCUGGCGUGGUGAUCAGGAACACUUCACUGACACUGCUGGAUCUUGAUACUCCAGACAAUGAACUGGUUUUCACUGUCACCAAGAAGCCAGACUAUGGUAAGCUGCGGUGGAGGCAGUUCUACUCGGAGCCCCUGGAGAAUGGACGUGUUCUGUCCCAGGGCUCGUCUUUCACGUACCAGGAUGUUCUGGAUGAGCUGAUUGUCUACACCCCUGACAGUCUGAGCGUCCAUAACGAUGAGUUCCGCUUCUCCGUCACUGACGGCCUCUACACUGAGAACGGGAGGAUGGAGUUCACAAUGAACGUACAGAAGAGUGAAACUCCAAGGCUCGCUGUUAACAGAGGCCUUCAGCUUGCAGCAGGCUCUGUAGCUAAGAUCACAGAUCAGCAUUUGAAAGCCACAGACAUUGACUCGGAUGAGCUGAAAGUGAAGUACACAAUAACCAAGGACCCCACAGUUGGCAGACUGCAGCUAUCCAAGAAUGGAAACCUUGUCCAGAUCUCAAUCAAAGGACCUGUUAAGAGCUUCACGCAGGCUGACAUCAAUAAAGGUUUUGUGGAGUACAGGCAUGAAAAAGGAGAGUCAGGAGGAAGUUUUGCUUUUGAGUUUGACCUUGCUGACUUGGAAGGAAACAAACUGAUUGAUCAGUCAUUCUAUAUUAGCAUUCUGGAGGACAGACUUCCCCCCUCUGUCAUAGUUAACAAAGGGCUGGUGCUGGAUGAGAACUCGGUGAAGAAAAUCACAACCCUGCAGCUGUCAGCCACAGACCAGGACAGUGAGCCGGGAGACCUGGUGUACAGCAUCACCAAGCAGACACAGCUGGGGCGCCUGGAGCAUGCGGCUUCACCAGGGUCAAGGAUAAGCACAUUCACUCAAGCUGACCUGGCCUCACGCAGUAUCCAGUAUGUUCAUACCAGCGAAGAGGAGAAGCACUCUGAUGAUUUCACCUUCGUCGUGUCCGACGGGGCAAAUGAGGUUGCACAAACCUUUUACAUCACUAUUCGCCCUGUGGAUGACUCCUUGCCAUUGGUCCAGAAUCCAGGAAUGCGUGUGCAGGAGGGUGUGAGAAAGACCAUCACUGAGUUUGAACUCAAGGCUACUGAUGCUGACACCGAGGCUGAAUCUGUUACCUUCACCAUUGUGCAAGUUCCUCGUCACGGUACAAUCGAACGCACCAACAAUGGCCAGCACUACCGCCAAACGAACUCUUUCACCAUGGACGACAUCUAUCAGAACCGCGUCAGCUACAACCACGACGGCAGCAAUUCCCUCAAGGAUCGGUUUACCUUCACGGUGUCUGACGGGACCAAUCAGUUCUUCAUGGUGGAAGAGGGGCAGAAGGAGAUUGUGACAGCUGCUCCUCAGAGGUUUAAAAUAGACAUCCUUCCCGUUGAUGAUGGUACUCCGAGAAUCGUCACCAACCUCGGAUUGCAGUGGCUGGAGUAUAUGGAGGGAAAGGCCACCAAUCUGAUCACUAAGAAAGAGCUGCUCACAAUGGACCCUGACACAGAGGACAAACAGCUGGUUUAUGAGAUCACUGCCACACCAAAGCAUGGGUACCUGGAGACCAAACUCAAACCUGGAGGUCCCAUUACAACAUUCACACAGGCGGACAUUAACCUGGGUUUGAUUCGCUAUGUCUUAAACGAGGAGAGAAUUCAGGAGACUAUGGACACUUUCAAGUUUCUGGUCAAGGAUAGUAAACCAAAUGUUGUCAGCGACAAUGUGUUCCACAUUCAGUGGUCUCUGAUCAGCUUUCAAUACACCAGCUUCAACGUCAGUGAGAAAGCAGGCACUGUCAGUGUAGCAGUGAAGAGGAGCGGCAAUCUGAACCAGUAUGCCAUCGUCCUGUGUCGCACUGAGCAGGGCACUGCCACCUCCACCUCCAGCAUUGGCUCAAAGCCAGGGCAGCAAGACUAUGUGGAAUACGCUGGGCAGGUCCAGUUUGACGAGAGAGAGGACACCAAGGCCUGCACCAUUGUAAUCAAUGAUGACCAGGUCUUUGAAAACAUUGAGAGUUUCAAUGUGGAGCUCAGUAUGCCAGCCUAUGCCCUGCUGGGGAAGAUCACCAGAGCCAAAGUGAACAUCAACGACACCGAGGAUGAGCCCACUCUGCAGUUCGACAAGAAGACUUACCACGUUAAUGAAAGCGCUGGAUUCAUCUUUGCACCCAUUGAGCGAAAAGGUGAUACCAGCAGCACUGUAUCUGCUCUGUGCUACACUGUUUCCAAAUCGGCCCAAGGCAGCAGCCUGCAUGCUCUGGAGUCUGGGUCGGAUUUCAAGUCCAGGGGAAUGAGCAGUGAGAACCGUGUGGUCUUCGGGCCGGGGGUGAGCAUGUCCACCUGUGAUGUGAAGCUGAUAGACGACAGCGAGUACGAAGGGGCAGAGGAGUUUGAGCUCGUCCUCGCGGACGCCUCGGACAAUGCGCGGUUGGGUGGCGUGGCCAAUGCCAAGGUGAUGAUUGAUGGUCCCAACGAUGCCUCCACAGUGUUCCUGGGGAAUGCUUCUUUUACAUUCAGUGAGGAUGCAGGCACCAUUGAAAUUCCUGUUUUAAGACAUGGCAGCGACCUUUCAACUGUGACCUCAGUUUGGUGCGCCACCCGACCAUCCGAUCCCGCGUCCGCCACCCCGGGAGUGGACUACAUCCCCAGCUCCAAGAAGGUGGAGUUCAGGCCUGGGAAAACUGAAGAGGUCUGUAGUCUGACUAUACUGGAUGACACUCAGAAUCCCACCAUUGAAGGCACAGAGUCUUUUGUGGUGUUCCUCAGCUCAGCGCAGGGGGCUGAACUCACCAAACCUUUCCAGGCUACUGUCGUCAUCACAGACACAUUCCAGGAUGUUCCCAGCAUGCAGUUUGGUAAAGAUGUGUAUUCAGUGAAGGAGAAUGAAGGAGUCUUGAGCAUUCCUGUUAUCCGCACUGGAGACCUGACAUUCGAGUCUUCUGUGAGGUGUUACACCAGGAUGCAGUCUGCUAUGGUGAUGGAUGACUUUGAGGAGAGGAGGAACUCAGAUGAUUCUCGAAUUACUUUCCUCAAAGGAGAAAAGGUGAAGAACUGCACUGUUCUUAUAAAUGACGACUCUGUGUUUGAACCAGAGGAGCAGUUCCAGGUUUACCUCAGCAACCCCCUUGGAAACCACUGGAGUGGAGCCAGAGUCGGCAAAAAUGAAGUGGCCACCAUCACCAUCACCAAUGAUGAGGACGCACCAACCAUUGAAUUUGAGGAGCCGACGUACCAGGUGCGAGAGCCGCCGGGUCCAGACGGCAUUGCAAUUCUGAACAUCAAAGUGAUCAGGAAGGGAGACCAGAACCGGACUUCGAAGGUUCGCUGCAGCACCAGAGACGGGUCAGCCCAGUCUGGAGUCGACUACAAUCCCAAGAGCAGGGUGCUCAAAUUCAGCCCUGGCAUUGACCACAUCCUCUUUAAUGUGGAAAUUCUGUCCAAUGAGGACAGGGAGUGGCACGAGUCGUUCUCAUUGGUCCUGGGCCCUGAUGACCCAGUGGAAGCAGUGCUGGGAGAAAUCACCACGGCAACAGUGACUAUUCUGGACCAGGAGGCAGCAGGGAGUCUUAUACUGCCAGCUCUGCCAAUUGUGGUUUCCUUGUCCGACUAUGAUCAUGUUCAAGAGGUGACCAAGGAGGGCAGUAAGAAGACUCCAUCCCCCGGCUACCCGCUGGUCUGUGUGACCCCUUGUGACCCACACUACCCCAAGUACUCUGUAAUGAAGGAGCGCUGCGACGAAGCUGGAAUUAACCAGUCAUUGAUCCGCUUUAGCUGGGAAGUGGCUGCUCCCACUGACAUCAAUGGAGCUAGAUCACCUUUUGAGACUGUGACUGACAAUACCCCAUACACCAGCAUCAACCACAUGGUCCUGGACAGUGUUUACUUCAGCCGUCGUUUCCAUGUGCGUUGCGUGGCCAAGGCUGUUGACAAUACAGGCCAUGUGGGCACUCCUUUGAGAAGCAGCAUUGUCACUAUUGGAACAGAGGGCUCAAUCUGCCACACUCCAGUAGUGGCAGGCACAGCACGGGGCUACCAGGCACAGUCCUUCAUAGCAACACUCAAAUACCUGGACGUCAAACACAAAGAGCAUCCAAACAGGAUCCAUAUUUCAGUGCAGAUCCCUCACCAGGAUGGCAUGCUGCCUCUGAUCUCCACCAUGCCACUGCAUAACCUCAACUUCCUGCUGUCCGAGUCCAUCUACAGACAGCAGCACAUCUGUUCCAACCUGGUCACCCUUAGAGACCUGGAGGGCAUCUCUGAGACUGGUUUUCUUGAUGACGUUUUCUACGACAGUAUUUCCCUGGGCCCUGGUUUCGACCGGCCCUAUCAGUUUAAUCCCAGUGUGCGGGAACCCAAGACCAUCCAGCUGUACAAACACCUCAACCUCAAGAGCUGCAUCUGGACGUUUGAUGCCUACUAUGACAUGACAGAACUGAUCGAUGUCUGUGGAGGAUCUGUAACGGCUGACUUCCAGGUGAGAGACUCUGCCCAGUCCUUCCUGACAGUACAGGUUCCACUGUAUGUGUCAUAUAUUUAUGUGACGGCACCAAGAGGCUGGGCGUCCCUUGAACAUCACACAGAGAUGGAGUUUUCAUUCUUCUACGAUACAGUCCUCUGGAGAACAGGUAUACAGACUGACAGUGUGCUGUCAGCAAGACUUCAGAUAAUCAGAAUCUACAUCAGGGAAGACGGCCGUCUUGUCAUUGAAUUCAAAACUCAUGCAAAAUUCAGAGGUCAGUUUGUGAUGGAGCACCACACCCUGCCUGGACAGAAGUCUCAGCUGAUGGCCCCUGACCACCUGGGAGGUAUUGAGUUUGACCUACAGUUGCUGUGGAGCGCCCAGUCCUUCGAUUCCCCGUAUCAGCUGUGGAGGGCAACCAGUUCUUACAGCAGGAAGGACUACUCAGGGGAGUACUCAGUCGUCAUCAUCCCCUGUACUGUACAGCCCACUCAGCCAUGGAUCGACCCUGGAGACAAGCCUCUGGCCUGCACAGCGCAUGCCCCAGAGAAGUUCCUGGUCCCCAUUGCAUUCCAGCAGACAAACCGCCCAGUUCCAGUUGUCUAUUCUUUAAACACAGAGUUCCAGCUGUGUAACAACGAGAAGAUCUUCAUGAUGGACCCAGCCACAGCAGAAAUGUCCAUGACUGAAAUGGAUUACAAAGGAGCUUUCUCUAUGGGUCAGACCCUCUAUGGCCGUGUUCUCUGGAAUCCUGAACAGAACCUGAACUCUGCCUACAAGCUGCAGCUAGAGAAGGUGUAUCUGUGCACUGGCAAAGACGGAUACGUGCCUUUCUUCGACCCCACUGGCACUCUUUAUAACGAGGGCCCACAGUACGGCUGUAUUCAGCCCAACAAGCACCUGAAACACAGGUUCCUCAUACUGGAUCGAAACCAGCCUGAGGUUUGUGACCGGUACUUCCAUGACGUUCCCUUCGAUGCUAACUUCGCCUCUGACCUGACCGAUCUCCACUCCAUGACUGAGAUGCCUGGAGUGGACGGCUUCACAAUGAAGGUUGAUGCUCUCUACAAGGUGGAGGCCGGCCAUCAGUGGUAUUUGCAAGUGAUCUACGUCAUCGGGCCCGAGUCGAUUUCGGGGCCCAGGAUUCAACGCUCGCUGACGUACCAGCUGAAACGCAGCCGGAGGGAUCUGGUGGACAAGAGCGGCCAACUCACCCUGGAUGAAUCGCUGAUCUACGACAACGAGGGGGAUCAGGUGAAGAACGGCACCAAUAUGAAGCCUCUGAGCUUGGAAGUGGAGGCCGCAGCCUCAGCCUCCCAAACAGGCAGCUCCAUUGGUGGUGCUGUUGCCGUGGUAACAGUGCUGUUCCUCAUCUUCCUGGCCUCUUGCUUCCUGUUCAAAAAAUGCCGGAGACAAGGGAAAAAGAAGAUGCCCGCCAAAAACCUGGCAGAGGAGUACCCUCUGAACACUAAAGUGGAAGUCUGCCUACGGAAUGUGGACCGACUGGAGAAGAACCUCAACAGCAAACACUGCACAGCGAGGAACGUCAAUAUACUGAAUAAAAAUGAGGCCUGCAAAGUGAAAGGGGUCAAGGUCAAGCAAGUAAAUCUAGAGGUCAAAGUUCAUAACAAUUUACAUGAUGGCACAGAAGUUUGAUUUUUUUUUUUUUACAUUUUUGUAAUCUUGUAUUUUUUUUUUAUUUGUAAUAAAACAAAUUGUAAUUCUUGUAUUUUUAUAUAAAUAUGGAAAAAGGGAAAAGUAGUGUAAGUGCUGGUCAGCUAUGCAGUGUUUUUCACUUCACAACUGAGCUACCUCAUCUAUGCUAUUGACCAUCGCCCGAUUCUUAUCUAGUUUUUUAAGAGCUGAUGCACUGAUUUUGCAUCUUGUCACACUCUAUAAUUACAAUCAAAACUUAAAUAAGGAAAAAUAAAACAAUUUGCAAACGAAAGUAUUUUUUGUGCCAUAAAAAUACAGCUUAUAAAUCAUGAGCUUUUUUUAUUCCAAACUUGUUCGUAACCAAACAAUGAAAAACAAAAAGUAUUUUAUAUUUUAUAGGCAUAUAAGUGUUACAUGAUCACGCAGUUAUCAUUAAGCCUUAUGAUCUUAGUGUUACAUAUUUUACACUAUAACGUAACACAACCACAAAAUAUAUUAAAUAAAACCGGUAGACCAGCACUUUGGGCAGUGACUUUGUUUAUAAAGAAAACAAUCUCCUGGUAGCUCAGGCACUCUUUGAUUAUGUUUAGCCUUGACUAUAUGUUUAAUUGCCUAUUGGUACGUAUUAUGUUUGAGACUGUACAGCGACUAUAUAACCACUAUAAUUUACACAAGUAUUAUGCACUCAAGGUGUAUGUAUGGAACUGGAUGAGCUGUGUACAUUUUAAAGUGCAAUUCCUUGAAGGAGGCAGGUUAGGUGAUCCAGGACAAACUGAGGUUCGUAUCAGGUGUUUAAAUGUGUGUUAAUGGUCAAGAGCGUAUAACAGGUGUCCAGAAAUGUUGGACAUAAUGGUAUAAAAGUCAAUUACAUAAUUUAAAAAAUGGGAGCUAGAUACAUAUACUGCUGCAUUCAAAUACUGUCAUUGCCUGAAUUCCUUGUUGUUUUUGUAAUUUUUUUUUAUUGCUAGCACAACCAUUGGCCAUUUGUAUCUUCUAUUUAACACCAUUGAAAAUAACAUAUCAAAAAUAUUUUUUAAUUGAUUAUGUCUAGCGGGUCAUUAGUUUAGACUACACUCUACUUAAUUUAAGAGCUAAACAAAGCAAUUUAAAUGCAAUAUAUAACAGAGGGAAUUCCAUUCUGAAUCAGAAAAAGGGGGUACUUUUUAAUCACUAACAAUGGCUGGCUAUUAAAAAAUAAAUCUGGCAUUUGCUUGUAGAAUCCUUUUUUUUCUUGCAAAGGAAUAUCAGUUCAUGAUCAUGGCUUUUUUAUAUAUACAUUUUUGGAUUAAUAUUAUACUGCUCAAUGCAGCUGCCAUUGUAGGUUGUCUUUCAGGACUCCACAUUGUUAUCUUGGAUUAUUUAAUAUUAUUAUUACCCAUGUAUAAUGUAUUAUGUGUUGUACUUUUUAUAUUUUCAUUAGUUAGUAUAAAACAUGAUCUUCAUGGUGUGUGCUAAAGUAUUAUGGUGCUGUGUGAGGAAUCAUAUUGGGAACUGUUGUUAUUAUUAUUAUUAUUAUUAUUAUUAUUUUUAUUAUUAUUAUUAUUAUUAUGUAUGUGAACCACUGGGACCCCAUUUUGAGGGGUGGUGCCAUAGCACUGAAUUUAUUUCUUUUUGUAUGAAACCAUCAGUGUCAUUAUUCAACUGCAACCGACCAUGCUAUUUACAGCAGUGAAUCCAGAAAUCACAAGAGCAGCUGACUGACUGACUGACUGACUGACUGACUGAAUGAAUGAUCCUCUGUGGUGCUGUCUUCUGUUCAUUUUAACAACAACAAAACAUGUCAUGUUGGCUUUUGAUUGUUGAAUUACUGAAUAUGUUUUUACUAAUAAAAGUCAUGUCACUUA